CGCCUCGCGGCGGGCGCCCUCGUCGCCAGCGGCGCACCAUGGACGGGCUGCCCGGUCGGGCGUUGGGGGCCGCCUGCCUUCUGCUCUUGGCGGCCGGCUGGUUGGGACCCGAGGCCUGGGGCUCUCCCACACCCCCGCCGUCGCCUGCUGCACCGCCCCCGCCCCCGCCACCGGGAGCUCCGGGAGGCUCGCAAGACACCUGUACGUCGUGCGGCGGCGGCGGCGGAGGUUUCCGGCGGCCGGAGGAGCUGGGCCGGGUGGACGGUGACUUCCUGGAGGCGGUGAAGAGGCACAUCUUGAGCCGCCUGCAGUUGCGGGGCAGGCCCAACAUCACGCACGCUGUGCCCAAGGCCGCCAUGGUCACGGCCCUGCGCAAGCUGCACGCAGGCAAGGUGCGUGAGGACGGCCGCGUGGAGAUCCCGCACCUCGACGGCCACGCCAGCCCGGGCGCCGACGGCCAGGAGCGCAUCUCCGAGAUCAUCAGCUUUGCGGAGACAGAUGGCCUCGCCUCCUCCCGGGUCCGCCUGUAUUUCUUCGUCUCUAACGAAGGCAACCAGAAUCUAUUUGUGGUGCAGGCCAGCCUGUGGCUCUAUCUGAAACUGCUCCCCUACGUCCUGGAGAAGGGCAGCCGGAGGAAGGUACGGGUCAAGGUGUACUUCCAGGAACAGGGUCAUGGUGACAGGUGGAACGUGGUGGAGAAGAAGGUGGACCUCAAACGUAGUGGCUGGCACACCUUCCCCAUCACGGAGGCCAUCCAGGCCUUGUUUGAGCGGGGUGAGAGACGCCUUAACCUGGAUGUGCAGUGUGACAGCUGCCAGGAGCUAGCCGUGGUGCCUGUGUUUGUGGACCCCGGUGAGGAGUCACACAGGCCCUUUGUAGUGGUGCAGGCCCGGCUGGGCGAUAGCAGACAUCGCAUCCGCAAACGGGGCCUAGAGUGUGACGGAAGGACCAGCCUCUGUUGCCGGCAACAGUUCUUCAUCGACUUCCGGCUCAUCGGCUGGAACGACUGGAUCAUCGCGCCCACUGGCUACUACGGGAACUACUGUGAGGGCAGCUGCCCGGCUUACCUGGCUGGGGUUCCUGGCUCAGCCUCCUCCUUCCACACCGCUGUGGUGAACCAGUACCGCAUGCGUGGCCUGAACCCUGGGCCUGUGAACUCCUGUUGCAUCCCCACCAAGCUGAGCUCUAUGUCCAUGCUCUAUUUUGACGACGAGUACAACAUUGUUAAGCGGGAUGUGCCCAACAUGAUCGUGGAGGAGUGUGGCUGCGCCUGACCGUGUGGCAGUGGGUGCGGAGCACAGGCCUGUGGGUCUUUGAGGGAGCAGGAGAGGCAGGUGGGCGGAGUGUGGUUGUUCCAGUGGGCCGUGAAGAGUGCCAGGGGUGAGGCCUGAAAUGUUCUCCCGCUUCAUAGAAAACCCAGUCAGAACCCAGAGGGAGACCCUCCUGUGACACGAGAGACUCCUAGCUGCACACAUAGACACGCAUAGCCAGACUCAUGCAGUCUGCCACCCACACAGCAGCCUCCAGGAUACCAGCGAACGGAUGCGGUGACAAAUGGCAGCUUAGCUACCAAUGCCUGUCAGUCGGAGAGAAUGGGGUGAGCAGCCACCAUUCCCACCAGCUGGCCGGGCACUCUGAAUCGCGCCUUCUGAGCACACAUAAAAGCACAAAGACAGAGGACACAGAGUGACUGAGCCAGAGAGCCACCAAGAGGAAAAGCAGGGUGGGAGUACGGGGCGGGUAGAGGGCCAUGUGCCCCUGGCUUGUCUCAGGCUCUUCACCACAGCGCCUGGCGCAGUCCUGCCUGCUCACUCCCCGCCUGGCAUCCUCAUGGUUUGAGGCCAGCAGAGCUGUGCCACCCUGUUCUCGGAGAGGGCAAAUAGCCCGGGAAGGACUCGCCUGUCACAGAGACCAUGGAGACCACAGAGACUUGGGUCCCUGGUGUGACUUAUGUGU